AUAGGGAUUAAUUUUUAAAUUUAUGGGAUAAGAGAGUAGUAGAUUUGCGUAAAAUCUUGAAAUAUUACAGGUUGAAGUUGCGGAGAGGAAGGAGCAAAAACCCUAAACCCUUCCUCGUUACACAAUAAGCGAGAGUGGAAUACGGAGCGAUGAACCACAUUGGCAAUGCAGAAGAGCAAAUUGUAACUGAGAGAUUGAGGAGAAAACUCAAUGAAGUUAAUUCUUCUGCUCAGCAACAGCUUUCUGGGGUUCAGGAUCAUAUCAAUUUUACUCUCCAGAAAGCGUACUUCAAGUGUGCGUAUAGUUGCUUCGAUAGGAGUCGAACACAGGAUGAGAUUAGCAAUUGUGUAGAACAUUGCAGUGUUCCUGUUAUGCAAUCUCAGAAUCUCGUCGAGGGUGAAAUGGCUAAGUUUCAGGAAAGGUUGCAACGAGCGUUGAUGGUGUGUCAAGACAAAUACGAGUCUUCAAAACUGCAACCCGGCCAAUCAAAGUCCAUGACUGACCUUGAGUCAUGCGUUAACCAGUCAAUUGACGACAGUAUCAAGACUCUACCAUCCCUUGUUGAUAGAUUGAAGACUAGCCUUGGCAUGAAUGACAGCACUUAAGGUUGCUCGGAGGACCUAGUUUUAGAUUUUGUCUUAAAAUAAUUCUAGGCUCAAGAAGACCUUUUAGAAUGUCGAAUAUACUAUCUUUGUGCGUUUUUGCAUUAUUUAGGAUGGAAUUUCACAUUUGCAUCAUCAAGUAGGCUUGUCACACAUUAGCUCUUGAAUGAUGGAUGAUAUAUGUUCAUUCAGCCAAAAUGAGAAUGGAUAUCCAAAUUUGUUAAAUUAUUGGCCUAUUAUAUAGGCACACUUAAUUGCUUA